GCGGUCGGAAGAGGGAGAGAUGACAAUUGGAACAUGGCAUCUCGCGAUUGGAAGAGAAAGGAGAGGUCGAUGCAGAACCCUAGGUGUGAUUAAAUGAUGGUCGAGAUCAGGUGCAUAGAUGUGUGCGCUGAAGAUGCUGAGUGUUUUGAACUUACACCCGCCGAUCUUCUUCACGCACCCUUCCGCAACAGCAGCAGCCAGAUUGAGCGUCGGACGGCCGGGGGCGUCAGUCGUCAAUCUCAAUUGCCGGGCGGCUUGGAAUCGUUGCAGAUCUCAUCCCCUCUCAACUCUGCGAUUCAACUCAGCCGCCCUUCACUUCCGAUAAGAGCCAGGUCAUGGGCUGGGCUAUCGCUUUGCACGGCGGCGCCGGCGACAUUCCCCGGCAUCUCCCUCCAGAGCGCCGUCAGCCCCGAGAGGCCGCCCUCCAAAAUUGCUUAUCCAUGGGCGUCGCCGCCAUCAAGGCCAACAAAUCCCCACUGGAUGUAGUCGAACUGGUGGUUCGCGAGCUGGAAAACGUUCCGUGCUUCAACGCCGGCAGAGGAUCUGUCUUGACCCACAGUGGGACUGUUGAAAUGGAAGCCUGCAUCAUGGACGGCAACACGAAGAGGUGCGGCGCAGUUUCCGGCCUCACCACAGUUGUUAAUCCUGUAUCUCUAGCCAGGCUUGUCAUGGAGAAGACUCCCCAUAUAUACCUUUCUUUUCAAGGGGCUGAGGCCUUUGCAAGGGAACAGGGUGUUCAAACUGUGGAUACUUCCAAUUUCAUCACCUCAGAGAAUGUUGAGAGGCUGAAGCAAGCGAAAGAAGCAAAUCGAAUCCAGAUCGAUUAUACACAACCCGUGAUCAUGGCUAGUAAAGGAGAAUAUGAAGAAACAAACCCUAAUUUGGAUAGCCAGAUUGGGACAGUUGGGUGUGUAGUAGUUGAUGGCAAUGGAAGUCUGGCCACGGCCACUUCCACGGGAGGAUUAGUGAACAAGAUGGUGGGGAGAAUAGGUGACACGCCCAUCAUAGGUGCGGGCACGUAUGCGAACCGAUUCUGUGCAGUAUCCGCUACAGGUAAGGGUGAAGAAAUUAUGCGUGCCACAGUAGCCAGAGAUGUUGCUGCCCUUAUGGAGUUCAAAGGGAUGUCUCUCGAGGUGGCAGCUGAUUAUGUCAUACAGCACUGUACCCCAAAGGGAACCGCAGGCCUCGUUGCGGUUUCUGCAACCGGAGAGGUCACCAUGCUGUUUAAUACAACCGGCAUGUUUAGAGCUUGUGCCACUGAAGAUGGGUAUAGUGAAACUGGAAUUUGGUAAUCUUUGAUAUAUGCAUAUUUGUUAAUAACUUUCUGCAUUGUCUUUUGCUCUUUCGCGAAUGUGGAAGCAUUAAAGCAAAGCUUGUUAAUUAAAAAUAAUAAUAAUUCAAGUGAGUAAGUUGAUUGGUUAUUACUUCAUUUGUUCUUGAAUUGUUGUGUGAAUUUGUGGCAUGUUUAGUCUGAUUCUAGGACAUUUUUUAUGUUCUAAAGAUUUCACAGAAUUGAAAUUAAAUUUUUGAUUACAUGUCAGGUUAUUUCCAUAUACUCCCUCCGUCCCAUGAAACAUGGGACUUUUGCUUUUUAGGAGGGAUUUAAGGGGAGUGUAUUUUGGUAUUGAAUUUCCAAAAAUGUCCUUUGAUGUGAUGGGUAAAAGUAUGAUUUGAUGGAUAGAUUAUUAGUAAAAAGGUAUGAUGUGA